GUCAGCGACAAGGACUUCGAGCAGGUGGUCGCGGCCGAGGGCGCGUACAAGGCUGCGGGUUUGGAGAGGGCCGUGCACAAAGCAUUUCGAUUUGAACCUCGGUUUCGUGCUUGGGGCGCGGAGGUGGACGGGAUCCAAGGGCGGGUGAGCUCCCCGCUCGACGUGCGUCGCCAAGUGUGGAUGAUCCUGAUGAAGAUUGUGAUGGGCGGGUGGUGUUCACGUGAGGUACUCCAAAAGACGAUUGGCUACCUCGCCUUCGUGUUCCAGUACCGCCGGGAGUUUUAUAGCUUGCAACAUCAUGUGUACCGUUACCUUGAGCGGAUGCCUGCAGAGAAGUGGGUGCCAUUGCCAGGUUACAUCCUCGACGAGUUGCGCAGCUGCUCAUUGCAUUUACCUUUUGCGAGGUGGGAUAUGCGGCGGGCGAUUCAUUCCAGUCUGCUAGCAACCGAUGCCACCCCGAGCUCAGGUGGAGCUGUCGAGGCUCCGAUUACCGAAGAGUUGGCGCGGGCCUUGUGGAAGCACGCUGAACUCAAGGGUGAGGCCGCUCGCCUGGAUGACUCAGGUGUUUUGGAGUGGCUGGCUCCCCGACCCGAGGAGGCUUCACGGUUUGCGAGCUCGGUGGCCUUGUGUCUCCCGUGGCGAGUGGUGAGCAGUUACCAUUUUCGGGAAACCAGCCACAUCAAUCUUCAAGAGGCCCGGGCCUUGCGCAAGGAGCUCAUUCGAUUGGCCGCGGACCCAGCCAACUAUAACACGGUGAUCCUCGCCUUGAACGACUCUAGAGUCGUGAUCGGUGGCUUCUACAACUUGGAGUACCUGCUCGGGGCGGUGCGGCACCAGGCCUAUUGGGAGUUGAG